UGGAAAGGAGGACAGAGAGCCAAGAGACAGAGAAGAGGAGAGACGUGGAGUGCCAAGCUCCUCUGUCGGCUCCAGGGCUGCGUGUUGUUGUUGUUGUUGUAGUCGUUCGGGGGUCAGGAUGAGCAGCCCGUGCCUGCUGCGUGCGGCCCCUAUAAGCCAGCCCCGGCUCAGAGAGGUCAAGAUCAGCCUGAAGGCCAGCAGCAGGGAGACCACAGCCAUCCGGAGCAGCGGCGGAGGGACCAAGGAGGCUGCGAGCCGCACCUAUGCCCUGGCAGAAAAAGAGGCCCCCGUCCGGGUAGGCAUGAGCAGCAGCCGGAGCAAGAGCACCCCGGCGGUCCACCGGGCCCAGAGACCCGAAAGCAGGAAGUCGGCGAGGGGAAGCAGCAGCAGCAGCAGCGGCAGCGGGAAGCAGCAGGGGCCUGAACACCACCCGGAGAGGAACGGCACCGUCCUGCACAUCCCGCUCACUGUGGCGCCUGCGGGACUCUCCCCCUUCUCCUCGUCCUCCUCUUCGUCCUCCUCCUGCACCCCCAGACGUCAGCGACCUUCUCACCCUCACCCGCCCCCCGCCCUCCUCUCCUCCUCCUCUUCCUCCUCGGCUAAAAGUAUGAAGCGGGCGCGCUGGCUGAGUUACAGCACCUCCAACAUCUGCUUCAACUCCAUCCUGGACGGACGCUUCAGGCAGUUGCAAGAUGAGCGUGAGGCCGUCCAGAAGAAGACCUUUACUAAAUGGGUCAACUCGAUCCUGUCCCGGGUCGGCUGUCGCAUCUCCGACCUCUACCUGGACCUGCGGGACGGACGCAUGCUCAUCAAACUGCUGGAGGUGCUGUCGGGUGAACGGCUGCCGAAACCCACCAAAGGCCGAAUGCGUAUCCACUGUUUGGAGAACGUGGACAAGGCUCUGCAGUUCCUCAAGGAGCAGAGGGUCCACCUGGAGAACAUGGGGUCCCACGACAUCGUCGACGGCAACCACCGCCUCAUCCUCGGCCUCAUCUGGACCAUCAUCCUUCGCUUCCAGAUCCAGGAUAUUAUCGUGGAAACGGGCCAGGCGGACCAGAAGGAGACGCGCUCCGCCAAGGACGCUCUUCUUCUGUGGUGUCAGAUGAAAACUGCGGGGUACCCCAAUGUCAACAUCACUAACUUCACCACCAGCUGGAAGGACGGCAUGGCCUUCAACGCUCUCAUACACAAACACCGGCCGGAUCUGGUGGAAUUUAACAGUCUGAAGAGGUCCAACCCGACCCACAACCUCCAGAGCGCCUUUAACGUAGCGGAGCAGAAGCUUGGCGUGACCAAACUGUUGGACCCAGAAGAUGUGUUCACAGAGAACCCAGAUGAGAAGUCCAUCAUCACAUACGUCGUGGCAUUUUACCACUACUUCUCGAAGAUGAAGCAGCUCGCCGUCGAGGGCAAGAGAGUCGGAAAGGUUCUGGAUCACGCCAUCGAGACAGAGAAGAUGAUUGAUAAGUACGAGACGCUGUCCUCAGACCUGCUGACGUGGAUCGAGCAGACCAUCAUCGUGCUGAACAACCGGAAACUGGCCAACUCUCUGACCGGAGUUCAGCAGCAGCUUCAGGCCUUCAACACCUACCGCACUGUAGAGAAGCCGCCCAAGUUCCAGGAGAAGGGAAACCUCGAGGUGCUGCUGUUCACCAUCCAGAGUCGUAUGAGGGCCAACAACCAGAGAGUCUACACGCCUAAAGAGGGAGCCCUGGUCGCAGAUAUCAACAGGGCCUGGGAGCGUCUGGAGAGGGCGGAGCACGAGCGGGAGCGCGUCCUGAGAGACGAGCUGAUCCGACAGGAGAAGCUGGAGCAGAUGGCGAGAAGAUUCGACAGGAAGGCAGCCAUGAGGGAGACGUGGCUGCAGGAGAACCAGAGACUAGUGGCUCAGGAUAACUUUGGUUACGACCUUCCAGCAGUGGAGGCAGCGAAGAAGAAGCACGAUGCCAUUGAGACGGACAUCGCUGCGUACGAGGAACGCGUCCAGGCCUUGGUGGACAUCUCGAAGGAGCUGGAGUCCGAGCGAUACCACGAUGCCAAACGGAUCGACGUGCGGAAAGACAACGUCCUGCGCCUGUGGGACUACCUGCAGGAGCUGCUGAAGGCCCGUAGGGGGCGUCUGGAUAAGAACCUGACUCUGCAGAGGAUCUUCCAGGAGAUGCUGUACAUCAUCAGCUGGACGGAUGAUAUGAAGGCCCGUCUUCUAUCUCCUGAUAUCGGGAAACACUUGUUGGAAGUGGAAGACCUGUUACAGAAACAUGCUCUGUUAGAGAACGACAUCGCUCUGCAGGCAGAGAGGGUUCAGAGCGCCAGUGCUGCUGCUCUCAAGUUCGCCAACGGAGACACCUACAAGCCGUGCGACCCCCAGGUGAUCCGCGACAGGGUGCAGCACCUGAACUUGUGCUACCAGGAGGUCUGCGCCCUGGCGGAUCAGCAAAGGGCUCGCUUGGAACAGUCCCGCCUCUUCUGGAACUUCCUGUGGGAGGUGGCGGAGCUGGAGAGCUGGAUACGAGAGAAGGAGCACAUCUUCUCCUCUCUGGAUUACGGCAAGGACCUGACGAGCGUGCUGGUGCUCCAGAGCAAGCACAGCGCCUUCGAGGACGAGCUCGGAGCCCGCCGCGCCAACCUCGAACCGCUCCUGGCGGAAGGAGAGAAGAUGAUCCAGGCCAAGCACUUUGGCUCGCCGAAGGUCCAAGAGUGCAUGGACAACAUCCGGAGGCAGUGGCAGCAGCUGGAGGAGCUGGCUGCGUUUCGGAAACAGAACCUCCAGGACACGCAGAGGUUCUUCCAGUUUCAGGGCGACGCUGAUGAUCUCAAGGCCUGGCUGCUGGACGCCAAGAGGCAGAUGAGCAGCGACGACGUGGGCCACGACGAGUACACCACCCAGCGGCUGCUGAAGAAGCACAACAACCUGAAGAACGAGGCGAUCAAGAACGGAGCCACCAUAGAUGCGCUAUCCAAACAGGCCAACGCGCUGCCAGAGGAGCUGCAAAACACCCCCGAUAUCCAAAGACGUCUGAAAGACAUCAAGGACCUGUACAUGGAGCUCAUGUCUCUGGCUGACCUGAGACAGAAGAAGCUGGAUGACGCGAUGGCCCUGUACACCAUCUUCAGCGAGACGGACGCCUGUGAACUCUGGAUGGGCCAGAAGGAGACGUGGUUGGUGGGUUUGGAGGUGCCGGAGAAGCUGGAGGAUCUGGAAGUAGUACAGAAUAGGUUGAGCAUUUUAGCCCAAGAAAUGGGAAAUAUGCAGUCGAGAGUCGAUGACGUCAACAAAGCUGUGAAACAGCUUGAGGACGGCAGACACCCUCGCACCAAAGAGGUCAAAGAAUGUCAGACACGACUGAAUAAGAGGUGGGAGGCCUUUAAGGCCAUGGUGGAGGACAAGAAGAAGAAAGUGGAUUCUGCCGUCAGCCUGCACAAUUACGGGCUGGAGUGUGACGAGACAGAUGCCUGGAUCAGAGACAAAACGAGGGUGAUCGAGUCCACGCAGGACCUGGGCAAUGACCUGGCAGCCGUCAUGACCAUCCAGAGGAAGCUGUUCGGCAUGGAGAGAGAUCUGGCCGCCAUCGACACCAAGCUCACCUUCCUGAGGAAAGAGGCCGACCAGCUGGCCGAGGACCACCCGGAGAAUGCCGAUGACAUCUUGGCCCGCAGAAGAGAGCUGGACGAUGCCUGGGACACGCUAAGGAAGACCCUGAAAGACAGGGAGGACUCUUUGGGCGAGGUCAGCAAGUUACAGACCUUCCUUCAAGACAUGGACGACUUCCAGUCCUGGCUGUUUAAGACCCAGAAGGCCGUGGCGUCGGAGGAAGUGCCCGCCACGCUGCCAGAGGCCGAGGAGCAGCUCAGCCUUCACGAUGCUGUACGGGAAGACAUAAACAACCACGAAGAGGACUAUGUCCGCGUGAGGGACACCGGUAUCCAGGUCACCCAGGGUCAGGAGGACGACCCUCAGUACCAGCAGCUGGAGCAGAGGCUGAAGGGGCUCGACCGCGGGUGGUACGAACUGCAGAAGAUGUGGGACAGCCGCAAGACCUUCCUGGACCAGGGUCUGGGCUUCCAGCAGUUCAUGAGGGAUGCCAAGGCCGUGGCAGCCAUCCUCAACAACCAGGAGUAUACCUUGGCCCACAUAGACAAGCCCGACACGUUGGCCGGAGCGGAGCAGGCUCUCAAGAAGCACGAGGACUUCAUGAGCACCAUGGAGGCCAAUCAGGACAAGAUCGACGGCACCCUGCUGGGCGGACAGCGGCUGGUGGACGGCAACAACCUGUACGCCGGGAAAGUUCAGGACAAAAUGGACUCGAUCAGAGAGAGGAACGACAAGAAUAAAAGAAGAGCCCAGGAGGUGUCAGAAAAGCUCAGAGACAACCGGGACCUGCAGCACUUCCUGCAGAACACUCAGGAUCUGACUCUGUGGAUCAACGAGAAGAUGCUGACGGCUCAGGACACGUCAUACGAUGAAGCCAGGAACCUCCACAGCAAAUGGCUGAAACAUCAGGCCUUCAUGGCUGAGCUGGCCUCCAACAAGGACUGGCUCAACAAAGUGGACCAGGAGGGUCAGGAGCUCAUGGAGUCCAAGCCUGAGUUUGAGCCCAUCGUGACGGAGCGUCUGGCCAAACUCCACGAGCUCUGGGACAAGCUGGAGUCCACCACCCAGGAGAAAGCCCGGCUGCUGUUCGACGCCAACCGCUCGGAGCUUUUUGACCAGAGCCUGACUGAUAUGAAGAAGUGGCUCGGCGGGCUGCAGCAGCAGCUGCAGAGCGGAGACGAGGACGUCAAAGACCUGACCAAUGCCAACAUCCUGCUCAAGAAGCAUCAGAUGACAGAGAAUCAGGUGCGUGACCGGGCGCGGGAGCUGGAGGAGCUCCAGGAGGCCGUCAGGAAGCACGGCGGAGGGCGGGAGGACCAGCCGGAGCUCGAGGCCGAGCAGCAGGCCCUGCAGAGGGACUUCCAGCAGCUCCUUACCCCGCUGGCCCAGCGCAAGGGCAAGCUAGAGGCCGCCAAGGCUGUCCAUCAGUUCUACAGAGACCUGGCCGACGAGCUGCUGUGGAUCGAGGAGAGGAUGCCCCUGGCAAUGUCACAAGAACAUGGCCACAAUCUUCAAACCGUGCAAAUGCUGCAUAAGAAGAACCAGACUUUGCAGAGGGAGAUCGAGGGCCAUCAGCCCCGGGUUGAUGAAGUACUGGAACGAGGGAGGAGGAUGGCGGCGGCCGCCGGCGCAGAGGGCAGGCCGGAGGCAGAGCGCAUCGCCGAGCAGCUGAAGGAGCUGGAGGAUGCGUGGGCCCGGCUGCAGGACGAGAUGGCCAAGCGCAGGGAGAGGCUGGACGGCUCCAGCUUGGCCCAGCAGUACUACAACGACGCGGACGAGGCCGAGGCCUGGAUAGGCGAGCAGGAGCUGUACAUGAUCGCUGAUGAAAAGGCAAAGGACGAGCAGAGCGCCAUGCUGAUGCUCAAGCGCCACAUGAUCCUCAAGCAGGCCGUGGACGACUACUCCGACUCCAUUCAGAAGUUAUCCGACCGUGCCCAGAAAAUGUUCGCCGAGGACCAUCCCGAUGGCGAGGAGAUCAUCAGGAGGCAGGGCCAGGUGGAUAAGCAGUACGCCGGGCUGAAGGAGCUGGCGGAGGACCGCGCGACGAAGCUGGACCACACCUUCCAACACUUCCUGCUGAGCCGAGAGGUGGAGGAGCUGGAGCAGUGGAUCGCCGAGAGAGACGUGGUGGCCUCCUCUCAGGAGAUGGGCCAGGACCUGGACCACGUCACGCUCCUGAGGGAUAAGUUCCGAGAGUUUGCGCGAGAGACGGGGAUGUUGGGCCAGGAGCGGGUGGACACCAUCAACCAGAAGAUAGACGACCUAAUCGAAGCCGGCCACACUGAGGCAGCGACCAUGGCCGAGUGGAAGGACGGCAUCAAUGAGAGCUGGGCCGAUCUGCUGGAGCUCAUCGACACCCGCGCUCAGCUCCUCACCACGUCCUACGAGCUGCUCAAGUACUUUGAUGACGGGAAGGAACUCGUGGCUCAGAUCCACGACAAGCAGAAAGAGCUGCCCGAGGACGUGGGAGAGGACUUCAGCAAAGCCGAGUCCUUCCACCGAAUGCACGCCGCCUUCGAGAGAGACAUCACCGCGCUGGGCAAACAGGUCCAACUGUUCCAGGAGACGGCUUCCCGUCUUCACGCCCAGUACGCGGGAAGCAGAGCGGAGAACAUCCAGACGACAGAGAGGGAGGUGGUGGAAGCCUGGAAGGGCCUGCUGGACGCCUGCGACGGCCGCAGGGCGCAACUGGUGGACACGGCCGAGAAGUUCCGCUUCUUCACCAUGGUGCGAGAGCUGAUGGCCUGGAUGGAGAGCAUCAUCCAGCAGAUAGAGACUCAAGAGAAGCCCAGGGACGUCUCAUCCGUGGAGCUCCUGCAGAAGUACCACCAGGAGAUCCGCUCGGAGAUCGAGGCCCGGGGAGCCAAAUACUCCGACUGCAUUGACCUCGGCAAGACCAUGCUGACGCGUAAGCACCGAGACUCUGCUGAGAUCAAGGAGAAGCUGGUUCAGCUGGCGGAGAAAAGGAAGGAGAUGAUGUACAAGUGGGAUGACAGAUGGGACUGGCUCAGACUCCUGCUGGAGGUGUGCCAGUUUGCACGGGACGCCUCGGUGGCGGAGGCCUGGCUGAUCGCUCAGGAGCCCUACGUGACCAGCAAGGACCUGGGCUUCACUGUGGACGAGGUCGAGAAACUCCUCAAGAGGCACGAGGCCUUCGAGAAAUCCACCGCCACGUGGGAGGAGCGCUUCUCUGCACUGGAGCGCCUCACUACGCUGGAGCUGUUGGAGCUGAGGAACCAGCAACAAGACAUGGAGCAGUUCAUCAAAGACAGCCAACGUUCAGACAAGGACAGCAGGAGAGAAGACACCGGCUAUGCGGAGGAGUCGUCGCAGCUUUACACCAUUGAGGAACAGACUCCGCUCCAGUCUGGUUCUGGUGCAAUUGAGUCCACUUCAGGUCUGCUGGAGGGGACGGCCGGCGAUUCCACAGUUCCCAUUGUGUCGGAGAUGAGAGAGAGCGGUUCUCUGGAGCUGGACCCUUCCGUCUCAGUGAUGAUGCCGAAAGAACCGGAGAGAGCCGCCACCAUGCCCGUGGAGCCCCCCAGGGCCCAGACGGUGCUGCAGGAGGGCAUGCUGGGACGCAAACACGAUGUGGAGGGCUCAGGGAAGAAGGCCUCGAAUAGGUCAUGGAUAAACUUGUACUGCGUGCUGAAGCCGGGUCAGCUCUCUGCCUAUAAGGACGCCAAGAGCUUUGGCCACUCGGUGACGUAUCACGGCGAGGACCCCUUGUCUCUAAGUAACGCCAUCUGGGAGGUUCUCACCACCUACAAGAAGAAGAAGCACGUCUGCAAACUACGACUUGGAGACGGCAGUGAAUAUUUGUUCCAGUGUAAAGACGAGGAGGAGCUCCAGCGCUGGAGCCAAGCCAUGGAGAAGGCCAUAAUGCCCCAGGCAGCCGAGGAGGCGUCGGGGCCCUCGGGGGCCAAAGCCCACACCCUGCCCGCUCCCUCCUCCUCAACUGCCCUCCCCGAGGCCAGCUCCGCCAAGAAAGACAAGGAGAAGAAGUUCAGUCGCUUUGCAAAAAAGAAGUGAAAGGAGACGGGAAGGCCACCGGGAUGAAAAAGUUUUUAUUUGUGUACAAUCAGUCGGAGCAAGCUUUUUAUCACUAGAUUUUUUUUUUAUAUAUAUAUUAUUUUGCGAGGAUUGACAUAAAUAUUGUAGUUUAGGUUAAAGCGAUCACUAUUUGCCUGUAUUUAAGCCGGUGUAUCAUUGCGAAGGUCCACUUUUUGUUUUUUGUUCUCUCUCGUUUGUGUUCUUUUUAAACAAAUGCCAAAUUCAAAGCAUUAAAUUAAAGCACAGGAAUGCUCCUUUUCACACUCAACCAAAGAAUGUUUGUAAAACUUUUCUUUUUUUUUGUUACUUUCGCUGCAACUUUUCCGCUUCGGCAUGGCAUGCUCUUACACAGCUAUGUACGAUAUGAAGGCCUGUAAUGAACAUAGGGUGACUCAAGAGCACUAACAAAAGAGUGCUUUUUCUAAAUCUGCCUUAUACAAUGGUUGUGAACUGUAAUACUGUGCUGUUUGAAUUUGGACCCAGAGAAGUGAAUUUAAAAAGCUUUGUAAAUGCGGUGUAAAGACCAGUGCAGUGCUGUACAGCGCACACACACACACACACACACACACCAUGUGUUAAUUGCAGGCAUGCAAACUAAAUGCUCUAUGCACUGUGAAGGGUUUGAUUGUUGAGAGUUUAACUGAUGAGACACCACAACCACUCAGCUCCGAGUACAGGUCCGCUCCGACUGUAUUCUCGGCUGAACUGUGGCAGUAGUUAUUUCUGUGAACUUGAAAUAUAUUCAACACUUGUGUAUUGAACCCUUAGAUUUCAUAUCUAUCCAUCGACAUAUAUACAUAUACAGUUUAUAUAUCUACAGAUGCAUGAAGUAUGUUUUACGUUAGUUUGAAAUGGUGCUAUUGUGAUAAUCUUAAACCCUCAAUCAAGAUCAUCUCGACCUGCCUUAUCUGUCUUUAACUUUGGCUUAUAGAGACGUGUGCGGCAAAACGUUGUGCGUCAGCGUUGAUCCGAGGGGUGUUUCAUAAAGGUGGCAGGUCUCACUCAGAAAAGCCCGACUUCAAAAUGAACCCGACGAACCGAACCAGGGUCAAUCUGUUUCCUAAAGUCGAGACAUUAAGACACUAAUAAUGUGAAUUCAUAAUGAAGAAACUGCUGUUUGCUGCCACAGAGCAGCAACAAAAAACAAAAAAACACUGCCAUUACCAAAAAGGACUUUUUACAAAUAAGAUACCAUUAAAAAACUUUCAGCAUAACAAUCAGAUAUUUAGCAUUUUUAGAAACUAAAAAACAUGAAUUUCCAUCUGGUGGAAAUAUUGUUUAAAUUCCCUCAGAUUGAGCAUCUGCCACCCUUUUAUUUUCUCAUUUUAUUUUAGUGACAUUUAAAAAAAAAAUAAAAAGUUGUUUUUGUUUUACCUUAAUUACAGUGAAAUAAUAAAAUGUCAUAUUUGACACACAGAACAGUGUUAAGGCAAAUGUCUCAGUCAGACAGAUUGAUGGCAAACUUAUUUAAAGGACAGAUUCACCCAAAAAUGAAGCGUCUUUUUCUAAAAACAAAUUGGCCUGACUUUGCUGAAAUAAACUUGGUUUAACUUAUGAAAUGCCCCUCUGAUCGCAUAAACUUACUUUAAAAAGAAAAAAAAAAAAUCAUCUAAAUCAGGUGCUCUUUUAAAAGAGCCUGGAUCAUUAUUCAAAAAAGUUCUACAGUUGCAGCCAAAGUCCAGGACAAGCUGUGGGUCAGGUGAUUCUUGACUGCUUUUCCAAACCACCAAACAGGACCAGGCACGCUCUUUAUCUAUGCCGAGGAUCAUACAGUAGCAGUAAGGAGCUGAGGGAGUGUGUCUUCAAUAUGAAUGUAAAGGGAUGGAAAGGGAGGGAGUGAGAAUUUGGUACGUUGAACAAUAAAGCCAUAACAGAAUAAGAUAAUUCUAACCAAUAAAAGGCAUACAGGGAAGAUGGAGUAUGUACAGUAUGUGAAACAGCAUUUACUUUAGCAUUCACUCUCCCACUGCCGUCCUGCCUUGCACUUUGGGCUCGAUCCAACUCAAGUGACCUCAUCGACACGACAGACGCCAGGUGUAGAAAGAGAACAGAAAACGUUCAGCUCAAGAGGAAAUGAUGAUCUCUGUUAAGAUUAUUAACACCAACAAAAACAAACAAAUAAAUUAUUUAAUCUCUGACUGUCUAAAGAAGAUCAUGUCUGUGCUACUAGUACCAGUAGUCUUACCAAUUUCUCUGUUGUAAAUGCACCUCGAACUGGUUCGGGAAAACUCAUCACAUGUACUCAGUCUUGUUUUUACUGGUCACGACACUUCCUACUCUGUCACCUCCAUCCACUUUGUUUAUUCUUCCACUCUUUCCACUCCUUCCUACCUGCCUUUUUCUGUUCAGUGGUUUUUAACUCUGCAUUUUGUACUCUCCAGCUAUGUAAAAUAUCCAAGAAAUGUUGACAAAGAAAUAUCAAAUACCUUUUGAGAGAAUAAACUUUAAAAUAAACUCCAGAAACUAUA